AUGCAGAAGUUCGAUCCUCCUUCCUACCCUCCUCCGCCUCAAUACUCGCAGGAGCCUGAAGAGGAAUUGUAUGAUCAAACCGACUUGGAAAAUGGCCAAUUCCAGAAUUACAGCGAGAAGCCAGUGAGUUCCGAAAACUUUGAGGAAAGUUUUAAGAUAGAAAAGCCAAAAUGGAAUGACUGGCCAUUCACACUUUUCUUCCUCGCUGUCGUUGUUGGAUUCGUAGCUGUAGCAGUAAUUACUAUCAAUGCCUUGAGAGCUAGGUUCGGUUUUGAAGGAACAGGCAUCUAUGGCUCGUCCAAUACCUUCAGUUUGAAUACGAAUACGAUCGUCUUGUUCGCUUUUGUCAUUGUCGUGGGGUUGGUAUUGUCUACUUUGAUUAUGGUAUACGCUCGUAUGGCUCCCCGGAUUUUUAUCACUACUGGUUUGAUCUUGAAUGUGGUAUUGGGCAUCGGUACAGCCAUUUAUUAUUUCGUAGUUCACUAUUACUCUGCUGCCAUUGUGUUCUUGGUGUUCUCGCUCUUCUCGGCCUACUGCUACUGGAGUUGCCGUAGCAGGAUCCCGUUCAGUGCGACCGUUCUUGAGAUUACCAUUGAUGUCAUGAAAAGAUACCCCUCAACCUUGGUAGUUUCCCUCAUUGGUAUAAUUGCUUCGGCUGCUUUCAGUGCUUUGUUUAGUAUUGUAAUUGUCGCUACUUAUGUUAAGUUUGAUCCUAACCCAAACAACGAAGGUUGUUCUGUUGGUGGAGGCAACUGUUCGCAAGCCAAGUUGGUAGGUGUUCUUGUGUUUGUGUUCUUUGCUGGAUUCUACAUAUCUGAAGUUUUCAGAAAUGUCAUCCAUGUUGUCAUAGCUGGUAUUUAUGGUACCUGGUAUUACUUGGCUGGAUCCGAUCAGGGUGCCCCAAGAGUUCCAGCUUUAGGUGCUUUGAAGAGAGCCUUGACUUACUGUUUUGGUUCUAUUUGUUUCGGUUCUUUGAUCGUAGCUUUUAUCCAACUUCUCAGGGCAUUUAUCCAAGCUCUUAGACAGAAUGCCUUAGCUGGUGGUGACAACUGCGCCUUCUGUGCUCUCUGUAUUCUUGAUUUGAUCGUUGGUUUCAUCGACUGGAUGGUCCGUUACUUCAACCAUUAUGCUUACUGCUACGUUGCUUUAUACGGAAAGAGUUAUCUCAGAUCAGCAAAGGACACCUUCGACUUGCUCCGUUAUAAAGGUAUGGAUGCUUUGAUUAAUGACUGUUUCAUUAAUACUGCAUUGAAUUUCUAUGCCUUGUUUGUUGCCUUCGUCACUGCUCUCUUGUCUUUCCUCUACUUGAGAUUCACUGAACCAGAUUACAAUGCUGACGGUAACUUCUAUGCGCCAGUUAUGGCGUUUGCCUUCUUAAUCUCUGGACAGAUCACCCGUGUUGCUACUUCAGUCAUCGAGUCUGGUAUUUCUACAUUCUUCGUCGCCUUGGCUAAGGACCCAGAAGUGUUCCAGAUGACUAACAGGAACAGAUUCGACGAGAUCUUCAGAAACUACCCCCAGGUAUUACAGAAGAUCACCAGUGACCAUUAG